AUGAAUGAGAAGAAAGUUCAACAAUUUCUUUCAAGAAGUGCUAGAAUAGGCAGAAGAAGAAGAAGAAUAAGAAGAAGAAGAAGAAGAAGAGGAAGAAGAGGACGAAGAAGAAGAAGAAAUCAGCAAUCUCUCCAUCUUCCAGAAGAAAUCAUCGAAGAAAUACUGUCGAGACUUGCGGUGAAAUCGCUGUUGAGAUUAAGGUGCGUUUCGAAAACAUGGCGGUCUUUAAUAGGCAGCAAACGCUUCAUCAAAGCCCAUCAUCAAAAUUCAAUGAAAAAUCCAUGUUUCCCCCAUCAAAGGUUCAUUAUACGGGAGAUGUCGAAUGAUAGGCUUGAGGAAUGUUCUCUGCAGUCGUUGCUGAGUGAACCACCUAUCAGUCGAUAUUCACUUGAUGAUGCGUUGGCGACAUUGCUGCCAUAUCAAAUUUUGGGAUGCUGUAAUGGGCUGUUUUGCGUUCUCAAGAAAUCAAGAAAACGUGCAACAAUAGUUUACUUGUGGAACCCAUCGACUCGGACCUCCAAGAAACUGCCAGAAAUUUCUAGUCCCGGCAAUGUUCGUAAUUACGGAUUCGGUUGGGUUGAAUCGAGUGAUGAGUACAAGGUGUUUGUUGUUGUGGAAAAUUUUCAUAUCUACAAUUCGAAACGGGUUGUUAAAGUUUAUAGUUCAAAGACAAAAUCAUGGAAAACAAUUGAGCUAUCCGGUUAUUUACGUCUAAGUUGGGGAGGCGGGGUGUUUGCAGGUGGGAAGCUUUACUGGAGGAAUAGUAUAAAUUUAUAUAAAGAAGAAAUUAAUUCCUUGGACUUGAAAAGUGAGGUGUUUGGAAGGAUUGAGCUUCCCUUUGAUCACGAGUUUUGCAGGAAAUGGUACUGGUUUGUGGGUGUGCUUGGUGGCUUACUUUGUGUGCUAUGUCAUAUUGAAUUUAAUAGCAAUGUCGUUCGAGUUUGGGUUAUGAAGGAGUCUUGGAAGAGAGUGGCGACUUUUGCUCAUCUUGUUGAGCUUCUUCAACCAGCACCAUUGCUGGUGGGUCGUAAGGGACAGAUUUUGCUCAAUUGUGGAUCCACUUUGUUGGUUUAUGAUUGCGGAGAUAAUGUGUUCCGUCGUCGUGAUGAGGUUUGUUACCAGUCACGUGUCUAUGUUGAAAGUUUAGUCUCGCCAGAAGAUUUAUGAAAGAUGGGAACAAAAUCUUAGAACAUGAUCAUGAGUGAUUUUGUAGCAUACUAUUUCUUCACAAUUAUAUAUUGUUUGAUUUGAUUAUACCUAAA